GGGGCCGCCGUGCGCGUGCGCGCUGCUUCUGCUGGUCCAUUGCUGCUAUUGCGUUGCAAAAAAAAAAAAAAAAAAAAAGAAAAAAAUUCUGACUAGGUAGUUCUGGGCCUUCUCUGUGGUAGGGAAUCUAAGGGAAAAGCCUUCCGCAGCCAAGGAGUUUUACGUUUGCGGUACCAAGGCCUCCCACCCUGGCUCGCCGGAGUUUGGCCGACGGGAUGAGGCAGGGCCUUGAGAGUUGAGGCCCGCGGAGGAUAAAACCAUUAGUCUCGCUCGGCCUGGGCCCUCUGAAAGGCGCCGCAGGUUCCGUCUUCCUCGUAGCUCGCUCCCGGCUACCGGUUCAAACACGACCCCCGAACCUUCGCAACCCGCAGCCCCUCGUUGCAGCGUGUGGGAGCCGACGGCGCGCCCGGCAGCCGGCCCGCCUCGGUCCGGGAGAGCCCGGCGCGCGCACCGGCCCACCCCCUGGCCUCCCUCCCUCCGGCCGCCUCCACGCACUCGCAGUGAUUGUUUUGCCCGCUCCCGCCGCCGCCGCCGCCGCCGCCAGAGGACCAGCGGCGCUUGUGCAAACCGGGAAGAUGGCGGCCGGCGGCGGCGGAGGCAGCAGCAAGGCCUCCUCCUCGUCGGCCUCGUCCGCAGGGGCCCUGGAGUCUUCGUUGGAUCGAAAGUUCCAGUCGGUGACCAACACCAUGGAAUCCAUUCAGGGCUUGUCGUCCUGGUGUAUAGAGAACAAGAAACACCACAGUACGAUCGUCUACCACUGGAUGAAGUGGCUCCGGAGAUCUACAUAUCCCCACCGUUUGAAUCUUUUUUAUCUUGCCAAUGAUGUCAUACAGAAUUGUAAAAGAAAAAAUGCAAUCAUAUUCCGCGAAUCGUUUGCUGAUGUGCUUCCUGAAGCGGCUGCUCUAGUGAAGGAUCCAUCUGUCUCAAAGUCUAUAGAACGAAUUUUUAAAAUCUGGGAAGAUAGAAAUGUGUACCCAGAAGACAUGAUUGUGGCAUUGAGAGAAGCUUUAAGUACCACUUUCAAAACUCAGAAGCAGCUGAAAGAAAAUCUGAACAAACAACCGAAUAAGCAGUGGAAGAAAUCACAAACAUCCACGAAUCCAAAAGCUGCUCUCAAGUCUAAGAUAGUCGCUGAGUUUCGAUCUCAGGCCCUCAUUGAAGAAUUGUUGAUGUACAAACGCUCAGAAGAUCAGAUAGAACUGAAGGAGAAACAGCUGUCAACUAUGAGAGUGGAUGUUUGCAGCACAGAAACUCUCAAGUGUUUAAAAGAUAAAACAGGGGGAAAGAAGUUCUCCAAAGAAUUUGAAGAAGCAAGUUCAAAGCUGGAGGAAUUUGUGAAUGGAUUAGAUAAACAGGUGAAAAACGGGCCGUCACUAACAGAAGCACUAGAAAAUGCUGGAAUUUUCUAUGAAGCACAAUACAAGGAAGUGAAAGUGGUGGCCAAUGCUUAUAAAACCUUUGCUAACCGAGUCAACAACUUGAAGAAGAAGUUGGAUCAGUUGAAGUCGACCCUUCCUGAUCCUGAGGAGUCACCGGUCCCGUCUCCAAGUAUGGAUGCUCCUUCCCCAACUGGUUCUGAGUCUCCAUUUCAGGGAAUGGGAGGUGAAGAAUCCCAGUCACCAACCAUGGAAAGUGACAAAUCUGCCACACCUGAACCUGUGACAGAUAACCGGGAUGUGGAAGACAUGGAACUCUCAGAUGUGGAAGAUGAUGGAUCAAAAAUCAUUGUGGAAGACAGGAAAGAAAAGCCUGUGGAGAAAUCAGCGGUCUCUACUUGUGUACCCGCAAAGUCAACAGAAAGUGUCUCAAAAGCCUCACCAUGUGCCCCGGCGCCUGUGCCCACCACUGCAGCUCCACCUCUCCCAAAGCCUGUGAACACUUCUCUUCUGUCCCCUUCCCCAACUUUGGUUUUGCCAAACCUGGCAAAUGUGGAUCUGGCAAAGAUCAGUUCCAUCCUUAGCAGCUUAACAUCAGUCAUGAAAAAUACGGGGGUCAGUUCUGCAUCAAGACCUUCUCCAGGAACUCCUACCAGUCCCAGCAACCUCAACAGUGGCCUGAAAACACCGGCACCUGCCACAACACCGUCUCACAACCCUCUGGCAAAUAUCCUCUCAAAGGUGGAGAUCACCCCAGAGAGCAUCCUCUCUGCUCUUUCUAAAACCCAGACACAGUCAGCCCCUGCACUCCAAGGCCUGUCAUCUUUACUUCAGAGUGUUACUGGGAACCCAGUGCCAGCCAGUGAAGCUGCUUCCCAGAGCACCACAACCUCCCCUGCCAGCACCACAGGUUCUGCCAUGAAGGGGAGAAAUCUGCUCUCCAGCACCCAGUCUUUUAUCUCCAAAGGCUUCAGUUACUCUCCUAACUCUUCGACUUCUGAAGUCUCUUCGACCUCAGCAAGCAAGGCGUCAGUUGGGCAGAGCCCAGGGCUCCCGAGCCCUACUUUUAAACUACCAUCCAGUUCUUUAGGGUUCACAGGUACCCACAACACUAGUCCUGCCGCCCCACCUACUGAAGUUGCCAUGCCCCAGUCCUCAGAGGUCUCCAAGCCAAAGCUGGAGUCAGAGUCAACCUCCCCAAGCCUGGAAAUGAAGAUCCACAACUUCUUAAAAGGUAAUCCUGGCUUCAGUGGCUUAAAUUUAAACAUCCCAAUCCUGAGCAGUUUGGGAUCCAGCGCCCCAUCAGAGAGCCAUUCCUCAGACUUCCAGCGUGCUCCUACCAGUACUUCAGUGGACAACAUUGAUGGAACUCCUGUUCGGGACGAACGGAGUGGAACACCCACCCAGGAUGAGAUGAUGGACAAGCCCACAUCCAGCAGUGUGGACACCAUGUCCCUGCUCUCUAAGAUCAUCAGCCCUGGUUCAUCAACACCCAGCAGCACCAGAUCCCCACCCCCUGGAAGAGACGAAAGCUACCCCCAGGAGCUCCCCAAUUCUGUGUCUACGUAUCGACCCUUCGGUCUGGGCAGUGACUCUCCUUUCAAGCAGCCUUCUGAUGGGGUUGAGAGGCCGUCUUCUGUGAUGGACUCUGCACAGGAUAAGUUCUUCCCAGAUACUUCUUUCCAGGAAGAUGAGGAUUACCGAGAUUUUGAAUAUUCAGGGCCUCCACCCUCUGCCAUGAUGAACCUAGAGAAGAAACCAGCCAAAUCCAUCCUGAAGGCAAGCAAGCUUUCUGACAGUGCUGAGUACCAGCCAAUCCUGUCUAGUUAUAACCACAGGGCCCAAGAGUUUGGGGUAAAGUCUGCCCUCCCUCCAUCUGUAAGGGCCCUCCUGGACUCUAGUGAGAACUGUGACCGACUCUCAUCUCCCCCUGGGCUGUUUGGUGCCUUCAGCAUAAGAGGGAGUGAACCUGGGUCUGACCGGUCACCAUCACCGAGUAAGAAUGAUUCCUUUUUCACCCCCAACUCCAACCACAGUAGCUUGUCUCAGUCUACCACUGGGCAUCUCACCUUGCCACAGAAGCAGUAUCCAGACUCUCCUCACUCAGUCCCACAUCGUUCCCUUUUCUCUUCGCAGAAUACCCUUGCUGCUCCAACGGGCCACCCACCCACAUCAGGCGUGGAGAAAGUCCUGGUCUCCACGAUUUCCACCACAUCGACGAUUGAGUUUAAGAAUAUGCUUAAAAAUGCCUCACGCAAGCCCUCAGAUGAUAAGCAUUUUGGCCAGACCCCCAGCAAGGGUACUUCAAAUGAGGGUGUCAGUCUGUCAAACCUCACCCAGCCCAGCUUGCCCACCACUGACCACCACCAGGAAGAACACUAUCGCAUAGAAACCCGUGUUUCCUCCUCCUGUUUAGACUUGCCUGAUAGCACAGAAGAAAAGGGGGCCCCCAUAGAAACUCUGGGUUAUCAUAAUGCAGCUAAUAGGAGGAUGUCAGGGGAGCCAAUACAGACAGUAGAAUCCAUACGAGUCCCUGGGAAGGGAAAUAGAGGACAUGGGCGUGAGGUUUCAAGAGUGGGUUGGUUUGAUCUGAGCACACCAGGCAGCUCUUUUGACAAUGGUCCUUCAAGUGCCUCUGAGUUGGCAUCCCUUGGGGGUGGGGGCAGCGGAGGCCUCCCUGGCUUUAAGACGACACCGUACAAGGAACGGGCGCCCCAGUUUCAGGAGAGUGUCGCCAGCUUUCGUUCCGGCAGUUUCAACUCCACAUUCGAGCAUCAUCUCCCCCCAUCCCCUUUGGAGCAUGGGGCACCCUUCCAGAGAGAGCCAGUGGGGCCAUCGCCUGCCCCACCUGCCCCUCCUAAGGAUCACAGUGGCAUCUUCUCUCGAGAGGCGCCCACUCAUCUGCCCUCGGUGGAUCUUUCAAACCCCUUUACAAAGGAGGCAUCUCUGGCCCAUGCUGCCCCUCCUCCUCCUCCGGGAGAGCACAGCGGGGUUCCUUUCCCUCCGCCGCCCCCUCCGCCACCCCCUGGGGACCUCGGCAGUGGGGGAAGUGGUGUCCCGUUUGCUACUCCGCCCCCUCCUCCGCCCCCUGUUGACCACUCUGGGGUUGUACCUUUCCCAGCUCCACCAUUGCCAGAGCAUGGAGUGACCGGGGCCGUGGCAGUUUUUCCCAAGGACCAUAGCUCCCUCCUUCAAGGGACCUUGGCUGAGCAUUUUGGGGUGCUCACAGGACCCAGGGACCUCAAUGGCCCUGGUCUUAGUCGUGCACGAGAGAGCCUGAGCCUGCCUUCCCACCCUCUGGAGCACCUGGGCCCAGCCCUUGGAGGAGGAGGUGGAGGCAAUACCAGCAGCGGUGGCCUUCCCUUGGGUCCUGCACACAGAGACGCCAUCGGCCGGAGUGGUAUGAUUUUACGGAGUCCCCGGCCAGACUUUGGGCCUAGGGAAGCUUUUCUUGGCAGAGACCCAUUCCACAGUUUAAAGAGACCCAGGCCACCUUUUGGUAGAGGCCCUCCGUUCUUUGCACCAAAACGCCCGUUCUUCCCUCCCAGGUACUGAUGGAGAUCAGGAAAAGAUACUUCCAACAGUCUAGAGAGCAUUGAAAGUAGCAGUUUGGUUUCUGGUUUCUAUUUGUUUUUUUUUUUUGUUUGUUUUGUUUUUUUCUCUCGAUUUUAUUUUGUUUUGUUUUUUUAAUGAAGGGCUUCCCUUCCAAAUUCAGAAAGCAUACAUAGUGACAAUUUACCAUUAUCUUCUCUCCCACACUUAGGACCUUUCCCAAGUUGUUUCUAUUUUUCUUUAAAAAAAAAAAAAAAAGGUAAACAUAACCAAAGCCACUUUACUUGGCUGGGGUUUGGGGGAGUGGGGAAGAAGACAAUAUUAUAAUCUCACCUAUUGGAGAUAUUACUUAAAUUUUAAAUAAAACUUUGGUCAGUACAGGUAAUAAUGUGCAAUGCUGAGGUGUUAUUUGGGGUUUGGCCUUGCUAGUAGUGAGAGGACCCCUGUCUCCUUCCUCUCCAGCUAAGCAACUUCUGUGACCAGCUUGGCUCCCUUGGUAUUCUCUGCCCUGCUGAAGACCAAGAGGUGUUUGCAGAGGGACAGUGUGGGCAGCUUUGGGCCUGUCAGGUGUAUUUGCUUUAGUCUAAAGGCAUGUUGAAACUGAGUUCUUUAUUUUUGUUUUUCAAGUAGCUUCCUCGGAACUGUUACCAGGCAGUGACUCAGAGGCCAUACGGGCUUCAUUCUAUGUAGUAGAAAGUCUUCUCUUGCUUAGUGUGGGUGGCACUCACACACAACGCCAAUGCUGGGAGGCAGGGACAAGAUAAUGGUAACUCCAAGGCCAGCUUGGGCUAUAUAGUGGAACUUUGUCUCAAAAAGAAAAGUCUCCUUGUUAAAAGAAGCUGAAUAUAAUUUCAAAGUUAAAAUGGGAAAUGAUCACAGCGUGUGAAGCUAGGGAAGGGAUCGUUUAAUGGUGCUAUGUGACCCACUGUCCUUUGGAAAGAAGGAAAAGGAAGUGUUUUGGUGGCUUUGCACAUUGUUCUCAGCCCUGUCCCCUGCUUUCCCCUUUCUCCCUCAGAUAUUAUUCCUGCCUUCUUAAAAGUAGACACUCAUUUUACUAUGGUGCCUCACUGGUGGUUUUCAGCAAACAUUAACUAUUAGAGAAAGUAUUUUGUCUUUCCCACCCCCAUCUGAGUCCUGUUCUUGCUGUUUCAGAGGAGAUUGAGUGGUGUCCUCACAUGAUACUCUAUAGGUGUGUCUUAGAGACAGGUGGGUAUUACUGGCCAUGUCUUCACAGAGAAACAGGGUCUCAGCACCCACCCCCAUGCCAACUGAUGGAUGCCUUGCCUGAGUCAUUGCUGUGGAGGAGAAAGCUUUCUUCCCUGCACCGAGCAGUUUUGUAUUUCUGCAUAUAAUGCUUAGGGAAAAGACAAUCACUGUGCUCUGAUUGCUUCUCUCUUUGUACUUACCUGGGAAGCAAAUACUGCUUAUUAGAAUUUCUGUUAGUGUGUUGCAGCAAGGUACAUGCUGAUGAUCUCCAGCUGGGUGUGUAAAACAAUGUGUUGAGCUUUUGAAGGAAUUCUAGCAAGUUAGUAUAGAACUCUAAGGAAGUAAAAGGAGCGCUUUCAAUUUCUCAGUGAGAUAGCGAAGAUGGAGGAAAGUGCAGCAUGUGGUGGAAGACAAUCGUGUCUCAGAACAAACCACUUUUCCAAAGAAAGGCUGUCCAACACAGCCUGAGAGCUGUGCUCUGUGUGCGCGUGCUGCAAGACACUGGCGUUCACUUCCCGCCUUGAACCAGCUCUUCCUCUCUCAAGCCUCUCUGCCCUGUAGUGCUCCCCACAGAAAUGCAUGGCACCGUGACUUUGUGUGGGGUUGGGUGUAUAGCAGAGCAAAGCAAGGGAAGUAUAGUUACAUACCGAGUCUUCAAAGCAUCAUACAGAGAGAAUGGGGUGGGGGCAGGGGAAUUGGGACUUUCAGAAUUGAUUUUUUUUUUCCAGAAAUUAAGUGGGGGGUAUUUUUCAGUGUAGAAUAAAAGAAUGUGAAUUCUUCUUACUGCUCUUGUUUAAGCUAAACAUACUGUUUACUUGAAAAGGCUCUUUGACCACUUGAUUUUUCUAAGAAAAUGUGGGAGUAUCAGGAAAGUGGUUUCUCAAAUGUUGAGGCAGGAUAAUUGUCCUCAAAAGUAUAGUGGCCAAUAUGUGAAAGGAAUACUUAGUACAGUUCAAGGGUGGACUUUCUAGGGGUUGGGCUUUGUGGGGUAUUUUUUGUUUUGUUCUUGUCACAAGAUCUUCAGUGUGUUUGUUUCAGGAUGGAAGUGAGGAUUAUAUGAAGCUGUCAGAUAUUUUAAGGAAAUCUGUCUACAACAGUAAAUGAAGACAACUGUAUAUAUGUGAUAUAGUGAAACAAAACAUUUCUGGUAUUCAUAAAGAUAAAACAAGGGAUUUUAUUCUUUCUGUGUCUGUGAUUUAAACUCCAUACCAUGCUCUGACUUUUGUAUUUUACCCCAAGUUAAAAAAAAUAAACAAGAUAUUUUUUAAAGAAUGCACAACAUAGUGUGUCUUAGCAAGGACACGAGUCAUAUGAAGCAGAGUGAGUAGUUGUCACUAAGGCCCUUGGUGCUCACUAUAAAGCCACAGACAGAAGCUAUGAGUACAGUAGUACACACAGAUCAGUGAUGCUGGAUCAGAAGUAGGAUCCCUGGGGUUUUCCUGAGAGCUCCCUGCACCUCUCUGCCUUCCCAAGGUCAGCAGAACUUAGUUUGACUCCUGGGAGGGUGCUGUGAGCAGAGUAGGACCUUUAUCCUUUCUGAUAGCAGAAACUGUGACGUGUGGUUAGGCAGGUCUGUCUAGACUGUGAAUAGGCGCAGCUUUCUUACUGCAGACUGUCCACUCAGUCCGAACGUUACCUGUUGAUACAGUUAGGCCUCAGCUGUUAGGUUUAAAGCGGCUGUAAAUUACUGCUCCCCUACCCCUGCCUCCGUAUUUUUAAGUGGUGGGGUUACCUGUUAAGAUUUAAAAAAAAAAAAAAGGUAGAUAUGUUGGGUUGAUAUUCUCACGUGUUCAGUGUGGAAAACAAGUACAUGCUUUAGAGGCAACAACAAUGAAAUCUUUUGGAAUGUGUAUUAAUAUCAUUUAAUAAAAUAACUAGUUCUAAA